AUAGUUAUGUUAUGUUAAUGUUAUGUUAUGACGUCAGCGGUGUCCCGGAUGUUCUCCGCCAUAUUGUUGAAGAGUAUCCAGAAGUUAUUAAACCGUGCUGCGUUCAUCCCUUGCACUCGCGUCGUCCUUUGCGAUCCUGGUAGUUCACUACUGACGUGGUAGCAGCGAUAGGAUUCGAACUACCCACCAAGACAAAAAAUUGCCGGGAUACGCUCCUUAAACGACCGUGAUGGCAUCGAAUCGCACUCGGAAACAGUGGCCUCUGACAACAUCGGAAACCAUAACAUCAUUCGAAUCAUGGAAAAACAACCUGGUCUACGGCCUAUCGCUUGAUCCCAACUUUGCUCCCUUUCUCGCCCCCGGCGCCACGUGGCAAAAGCAGAGCCGAGGGGUGGAAAAUCGCGGCUUAGUGGCUGACGGUGAAGACGUCCCGGAAGCUCAGAGGAAAACAGCAGCACAGAAGGCCGCCAUUUUGGACAUGCUCCUUGGCCAGAUCGCCAAUUUCUGCCCUAUCAUCGCCAGAUCUCGCAUCUGCAAGGCAAGUGUGUCUCUGAACGACAUAUGGCAAACUAUUCGCUUACACUUUGGGUUUCAGUCCACGGGGGGAUAUUUCCUCGACAUCGCUAAUAUUAAGCUGGAACCAAACGAGAAACCGGAGGAUUUGUACCAACGAUUAUGUGCCGCUGUAGAAGAUAGCAUGCUCACUGCGGCAGGGCCUAUCACUCACCACGGGGAGGCUAUGACGGCUGACGAAGAGCUCACACCGUCUCUCGAAAACUUCAUUGUCUUAACAUGGCUCAAACUAAUCCAUCCUGACCUCCCAGCGCUCAUCAAGCAACGGUAUGGCCCUGAGCUUCGAAACAAGACUCUAGCCUCCAUUAAGCCAGAAAUAUCCUUGGCCUUGUCGUCUCUCUUGGACGAACUUCGUAGCACGGAAGACAUCCGCACUCUCCGUCUCACUCAGAACCGCCAGCCGUACCGGAAGUACCCAUCCACCCGCCCCCAAGGCGCCAAGACCAAGUUCAAGACUAACUCUAACACCAAGAGUAGCCCAGCUACGUGUCCACUUUGUGAACAGGUAGGCAGACCAGCAUUUGACCACUAUCUAAGUGUCUGUCCGUAUCUCCCUGCAAAGGAUAAGAAGUACAUGGUGCGUACUCGUGCAGUAGAGAUAGAUGAUGUGUAUGACGUUGAUGAUGACAUCCACUCUGAUGAAGAGGAGGAACCCAGUAUUUGUCAGGCCAAAACCAUUUCUCCUGUACCAGAGCCAUCUCCUCAUGUGUCACGUGUUGCUAUCCGUGCAUCCCCACAUCUAGAUGCCUUUCAUCAUGGACAAACUGUACGCAUUUUGUUGGAUUCUGGUGCAGAGUCUAGCAUGAUACGAGCAGAUGAGGCGAAGCGACUCGGCUUGCGCAUCAACCCAAACACAACACAGACCCCAAGCCAAGCAGAUGGAGGUCGUAUGUCAGGUAUGCUAGGAGAAUGCACGACAACAUUUUACCGGCAGAAACUACCACUUCGCUUUGAAGCCCUUGUUGUCACAGAUCUUGCCUCUCCGAUCAUUGCAGGCAGCCCUUUCCUGGAAGCAAACGGGUUCACUAUUGACUUCACUCAACGCCAGAUCCGCCUCCCAGAUGGGUCCAUCUCCAGUUACACUCCAUCCGUCAAAAGACACAACCCGCACAUCCACCGGAUCUCCCACAACCUGAUUCGCAUGCAGGACAAGUCAACCACCCUGUGGCCCUCUGACUUCUUGGAACUCCAACUACCCGAGGACCUGAAAGACUACCCUGAUGUCGCCCUUGAACCCCGUCUUGAUUCUCUUUCCACCCAGCAGGCAAAGGCGUUCCACCAGGGUACGUACCACAAUAUUGCAGGCUACAUAAGAGUCCCAAACAUCUCGUGUGCACCUGUCCACAUCGCAAAGAACAUGCAUCUCUUUAAUGCUGUGCCAGUGGUCUCGGUUGUCUCUCCCUCCCCAACUCUGCGGUCUUCAACUGUUCCCCCUGACCAACCACCUUCGUACCAACAUCAGCCUUUCUCUGACUCCGUCCAUCUCGAUCCAAACAACAUCCUCAAUUCUACUCAGCGGUAUGCCAUGUCAUCAGCCCUUCAAGAGUUUGACCAGGUUUUCAACCCCCAGUUUCCUGGCUACAACGGCGCAGUCGGCCCCAUCCAGGCCGUAGUCAACAUGGGUCCAGCGCAGCCCCCACAACGUAAGGGACGUCUUCCCCUCUAUGGCAAAAACCGCCUCGUCGAGUUGCAGCACACCUUAGAUGACCUUGAAUCCAAAGGCGUCAUUGCUACUCCAGAGGAUGCUCAGACGGUGGUGGAGUAUUUGAAUCCAUCAUUUCUCGUCAAUAAACCAAAUGGCGGACAUCGCCUCGUCACAGCAUUCACCGACGUGGCAAAAUAUUGCAAGCCUCAACCAUCGCUCCUGCCAAACGUUAACAUGGUCAUGCGCCAGAUAGCGUGUUGGAAAUACAUCAUAGUCUCCGAUCUUACCUCGGCAUACCAUCAAAUCCCUCUACACCCGAACUCUCGCAAAUAUUGCGGCAUUGUCACCCCGUAUAAGGGCAUCAGAGUGUACUGCCGCAGUGCCAUGGGAAUGCCAGGCAGUGAGACAGCACUGGAGGAGCUGAUGUCACGCGUCUUAGGUGAUCUGUUGAUGCGUGGAAUCGUCGCCAAAAUUGCCGAUGAUUUGUACUGCGGAGGAAACACAUUUCAAGAACUCCUCGCCAACUGGAAGGAAGUCCUAACUGCCCUCCAGGCCAGCGACUUACGCCUUUCCCCGUCCAAAACCAUCAUCUGUCCAGCAACUACCACGAUUCUAGGAUGGCACUGGAACCAGGGCCAGAUAUCAGCCUCUCAACACACAUUAUGCACGCUGGCUACAUGCUCUCCACCCCCAUCCAUCACAGCCCUACGCUCCUUCAUUGGGUCUUACAAGGCCCUGUCUCGCGUCAUUCCAGGCACAUCGGUACUCUUGGGACCGUUAGACAACCUGGUCGCAGGCCGAUCAUCCGGCGAUCCCAUCCAAUGGUCAGAUGAGAUGCUUGAGGUAUUCCGCAAGGCUCAGCGGGGCUUGGAUCAGCAUCAAGCGGUUGUUCUCCCUAGACCGGAUGACGAACUCUGGUUAGCAACCGAUGCCGCUGCCCGCCCAACUGGCAUAGGCGCCACGCUCUUCCUUCGUCGCAACAACAACACAAGGGUUGCUGGCUUCUUCAGUUGUAAGCUUAAGCCACACCAGCGCCAAUGGCUACCAUGCGAACUAGAGGCCCUUGCUAUAACAUCCGCCCUGAAACAUUUCAAGCCGUUCUUUAUACAGACAACUAAACCAGCAUUUCUGGUCACAGACUCCAAACCGUGUGUCCAGGCGGUGGAAAAGCUACGCCGAGGCGAGUUCUCCCACAGUCCACGAGUGUCCACCUUCCUUGCCGCUAUAAGCCAGUUCCCGAUCAGUGUUCAACACAUCAGCGGUAAACACAAUCUAUCUACCGACUACGCCAGCCGCCACGCCCUGGAGUGUUCUGACAGCAAAUGCCAAGUCUGCUCCUUCGUCCAUGCCCUCAGUGAGGAACCAGUCAUUAACACCACCACGCUUAGUUCGGCGUCUAACCUAGACCUCCCAGUGUACACCAGUCGCCAGGCUUGGCACGCCAUCCAGAACUCGUGUUCUUCAUUACGACGGGUCUUCGCUCACCUUCAGCAAGGCACACGCCCAUCAAAGAAGGACACCAAAGCCCGUGAUGUUAAGUCCUACCUGUCACGCGUUACCAUCGCUCCCGACGGUCUAUUGAUUGUUCCCAACAGAGAUAUGUUUGGUGUCACACGUGAUCGCAUAGUGGUCCCCCGUCAGGUGGCCCACGGCCUGGCUACAGCGAUUCACCUCCGGAUUGGCCACCCCACCUGCCACCAACUCAAGGCUGUCUUCUCCAGGUAUUUCUUUGCCUUAAACAUGGACGCCGUUCUCCACCAGGUCUCGGAUGCAUGUGACCAAUGUGCCUCCCUCAAACGCCAACUACCCAUCCCUCCGUCCUUCACCACACAACCACCUCCUUCAACGGUCCUCACCUCGUUCGCAGCAGAUGUGAUGAGACGAGCCCGCCAACAAAUCCUUGUUGUCAGAGAAUGCAGUACCUCCUUCACAAGUACUCAGCUCAUCAGCGGCGAAACAUCCACCAGCCUCAGAGAUGGACUAGUUGCAUUGUGCACUCCACUUCGUCUCCUGGAUGGUCCUCCUGCUGUCAUACGUUGUGACCCAGCCCCAGGAUUCCAGGCCCUGAUCAACGACCCCUGGUUGACAGAACAUCGUCUCCAGAUUGAAGUAGGGCACCACAAAAAUGUCAACAAAAACCCUAUUGCAGAACGCGCCAUUGAGGAGCUGAGAGAGGAACUCCGUAAGAUUGACCCUCUUGGCCAACCUAUCACACCCGCCCAACUAGCCGUGGUCACGGCCUCCCUGAACACAAAGGUCCGAUCCAACGGCCUCUCAUCGCGAGAGUAUCUGUACCAACGAGACCAAUUCAGUGGCGAGCAACUCCCACUUUCCGACAACCGUCUCCUCGAAGAACAACACCGCCGUCGUUCCGAAAACCACGCCCCCAGCGCCAAAUCCAAAUGCCCCAAGGCAGGGCUCGCGCCCACUCCCACCUUCCAUGUGGGAGACUUAGUCUAUGUCCAUUCAGAUAGAGACAAAUCCCAAGCUCGCAGUCGGUACCUAGUCACAGCAGUGGAAAAGGACUGGAUCUAUAUCUCCAAGUUUAUCGGUCGCCAGCUGCGUGCUAGAUCCUACAAGGUUCGAUCAGCAGAAUGCUAUCCUAUCCCAUGCCAGGUGCCACCGCAGCAACGCCAGACUGUCCCCUCUGACGAUGACAACAACGACGAUUCUGACCCUGAAGACCCUAUUCCUUCAGUCCCGGCAAACGAUCCGGUUCCAGCAGAAGACUUGGUUCCAGUCAACGGCCCCCUACCAGAACUUAACGACCCACCGAACACUCCUCCCCCUCUGCCAGAACUCCAUAACCCACCGGACACUCCUCCUCCCUUGCCCCAACGCCAGUCCGACCGAUGCAGACGACAGCCGCGGUACCUGAAAGACUUUGUGCUGUCAUAGUCUUAGUGUGACGAAAAGUUAUUUUCAAGACCUGAUGUAUCCCUGAGUAAUACUAGUACGUACUCACAUAGUCCAAACAGAUAAACACUUAAUGCCAGAUAUGAAGUAUCACCAUAUAUACUCGUGUAUUCCAUAGUUAGUGUAAACAACAGUUAUCGUGUACUUCACGGUUAUAUAAGUCCUGAUUCUUAACAUAGUUCACACCAGAUUGUAUACUCCAAAGUUACCUAGGUCCUGAUUCUUACCAUAGCUCAUAGUCAUACCAUGGUAGUGCUCGUAAACUCCAAAGUUACUUAGUUGAGAUAACACCAUAUAUUCAUAGCUUAGAUACUCAUAGUCAUAUCAUGGUAGUGUACGUAUAAACCCCAAAGUUACUUAGUUGAAAUAACACCAUUUAUUCAUAGCUUAGAUACUGACCACAGUUGAAAUUGUUAAGCACAUGUUCGUUCUUAUCACUCACAAAAAAAAGGAAAAGAAGAGUAAAUCACGCCAUAGUUAUGUUAUGUUAAUGUUAUGUUAUGACGUCAGCGGUGUCCCGGAUGUUCUCCGCCAUAUUGUUGAAGAGUAUCCAGAAGUUAUUAAACCGUGCUGCGUUCA